AUGAGUGAUGAUAACACAAGUAUAUCCCAGGCGGUAAUCCCUCUACGAGAGGUAAAUCUCGCCGCUGGUUCCGAUCGGGUGAAAGCCCCGGUGGCCGACGCUGGCUCCUUGGAUUCUGGGAAGAGCCAAACAUCACUGAGCACUAAGGUGGACCACUUGGCCGAAAAUGCUACAAGUGGAGCAGGGUUGCAGACUCGUCAACAGAAGGAUCAGACCGAAUGGCAUCAGGCUCGUGAUCGCCUUGAGAGGCUCAUCGUAGACCUGCAUGAGUUCGUCAAGCCGAAGAAAAACAUCCAUACGGAGAUCAAAACCAAGGCAACAGCCGUGGUGAAUGCCUUCAGAAGACUAAAGGCCUUGGACGAACUCCGUAGGCAACACCUCGUUCCUGAGUUGGGAGUGACAGGAUACAUACCUGUAUAUCCGCGUCCACGAAUCGACUCGGAAACGACGAUGAUGGAUUCGGAAGUAGAGGACUCGAGUGUCUCACAAUCGAAUCGAGAGGUUCGCCGUGCAGUCCGAAGGAAGCGAUCCAAAGAUUCGCCUGAGACUAGCGGGAAGCAACCAAAGAAGGUGAAGCAACAGCUUCCAGUCAACACGACUGUGCCACCUACCGUACUGUCUGAUCAGCCCAUAUGGACAACGGUGACAGGCAAAAAGAAGAGAAAAGAAAAGAGGCAGCAGACGGGAAAGCUCUCACCAAAACAGCUCUCCGAUAAGAAGAAAGGCGACAGGAAAAAGCGGAAGACUCCCUCGAAACGAGCGGUGAGACCUGAUGCUCUGAUUGUUCGCCCUAACGAUAAGACGAAAUAUGCGGAUAUACUUCGUCGCGUUAAGAAGGAUGUAUCCUCCGAGGACGCUAUUGGUUGCGUUGACAAGAUCCGUCGCACGGCAACAGGAGAUAUGCUCAUCAUCCUGAGCAAGAAGACGACUGACGGAGCGCCGAAGCUGCGAGCGGCGAUCGCCGAAGUCCUCAAAGACGAGGCGGCUGUGAGCAGUAAGGGGCCCCAGGAGGAUCUCGAGAUCAAAGACCUCGACGACAUUACAACGAAGGACGAUGUCAUCGCGGCCCUGCAAGCAGUGGCGGGGGCGGAUUACGAGAUCAAGGCGGAUGUGGUCAAGUCUCUUCGUAGAGCAUAUGGCGGGACCCAGACUGCCUCAGUGAGACUCGAAGCUGCUACAGCGGAGAAGAUCCUGGGGGAGCACGGGAAGAUCAAAAUAGGCUGGGUGAACUGCCGGGUGAGAAGGGUGGAGUGCCCGCUCAAGUGCUUUAAGUGCUGGCAAUAUGGACACCUCGCCAUCCGAUGUAAGAGCACAGUUGACCGUUCGAAACUCUGUGUCAAGUGCGCGGAGGAAAGACACAAGGUCAAGGACUGCAACAAUGAGCCAAGGUGUGCCCUGUGCACGGAAAAAGACGACUCGAAGAACUGUGCUCAUGUCGCCGGUAGCAGCAGAUGCCCAACGUACAGGGAGGCACUCCGGGACCUCAGCAACAAAAGGCGAUAG